AUGGCCGAUGGGGUGGCAAACGAUCGCGCAGAGAAAGCGGCCCGAGCGAAGGACCGACUAAAAAAGUUUCAAGCCAAGAAGAAAGCUGGCGAACCAACCCCAACUACGGCGACAGAGUCUAAUUCCACGUCGGAAGUCAACUCUCCAAGCAUUGAGCCAGUAACCAACGAGGUGAAUUCAACCCCAACAAACGGAGAACAAACACUAGAUCCGAGCCCAUCGGCCCAGCAGCCGUUGGACAGUCAGACGGCUAUCACCGAAGAUACCCCUGGGAAUCAUGAAAUCGCUCCUGAAUCGACCUCCCAGCUGUCCCAAUCACAACAGCAGACGAUUGCCCUACUGGUCAGCGAGAAGAAUAAUCUAGCCAGUCAAGCUGAAGAGUAUCGCCAAGAGAUCUCCGAUCUGCGCAACGCACUUCUCAAUGCUGAACAACAGUCCGCAGAUCAAAGUCGAAGAUUGAACCAAGAUCUGGAAGAGAAUCGAAGCUCAUUAACUCGAGCCCAAACCGAGUUGGAAGAAUCAACAGCCUCGCUGAACAAACUGCGCACAGAAUUAGCGCAAGCCAGAACUCAGAUCGACGAAUUGAGUCAGUCGAGUGAGAGCAGCAAGGAUGAAAUCAUUCGGGAGUUUGAAAGUAAACUGAGAAUGAAACAGAAUCACUCGGACGCGGUCGAGAGUGAACUGUCUCGAGUCAAGAACCAGCUGAAAUCUCAAGAGCUCCGACAGCAAGAGCAAGAUCAGACUAUCGAACAGCUCCAGAAAGAUCGCGCGACCGCUCAGGAACGCUUGAAGGAAUCCAACGAGAAAUCAAGCGAGAUCGCCGCAAGUUUUGAUGCUCUUCAAACAAGCCAUCAACAGUUAACUGCUGAGAUGUCUUCAGCCCAGACUCAACUCAAGGAGUCAUCAGGAAAAUUUGAUGCUCUCAAAUCUCAUGCUGACUCCCUGGAAACUCGCCUGACCGAAUUCCAAUCUUCCCAUGGAUCCCUCUCCUCGACUGUCACUCAACUCGAAGACAAGCUUGGACAAUCUACCCAACGAAAGUCUGCCCUGCAAGAAGAAAAUCAGAAUCUCUUGCAGAAUCUUGAGGAACUGAAGGCCAAGAUCGUCGAGCUGACUAAUCACAAGGUCCAAUCCAGUGAGCGCUGCGAGGAGAUCCGGACGAUCGUCCGUGAGCGGGAAAAUGAACUGGUGACAAUGAGGGAGGAGAUAUCUAGUCAACGACAAUCUCACGAAAAGGAGAAGGAGCGACUUGAAGGAGACAAAAAGCUUUUGGAAGAACAAAUGGAGGAAACCAGGCGAGAAUCUGAUCAAGUCACUCUUGCUAUCAAACACGAACUUGCCUCGUUGAAACAGCAGCUUUCCUCGCAGACCGAACAGCUUGAGCAACAGCAAUCAGAGUCGACACGUCUAUCCCAAGAGCUCCAAGAGUCGCAAGCUUUACUCGAACAAUCUAAAGAACAGCUUGGCGUGCUUGCCGAUAAGCAAACCCACACGGAUUCUCAACUGGCCGAAAAAACAAAAUCCAUCGAAGCGUCAGCAAUUCUCGAGCAACAGCUUAAAGCUCAACUUGAAUCACUCUCGUCGGCUUUGUCCCUCGAGAAAACUCAGAAGGACGAGCUAGACCAGCGGGUCCAUCAGACACAGGAUGCGCUUGAUCAAAUGCAGCAACAAAUCAAAUCGAUGGAAGAAAAUCUCAAAGAUGCAGCUCAACAGGCUAAAGCGCACGAAGAACGUCACAAUGCCCAAAUUGGCCAGCUCAAAGCUCUAGAGUCAACCAAACAAGAGUUAUCAGAUCGGCUUUCUCUGGUGACCACUGAAUCCACUUCGAUGAAGAAACAGAUCGCGGAGAAUCGGGCCCGCAUAUCCGAGACUGAGGGCAGGCUGGAGUCGAAGACGUCAGAAUGUGAUCAACUUUCACAAUCUUUGAAGCAGGAGCAGAGUCGGAUGACCGAGAUGGAAACUCUCCUCGGCGAGUCAACGUCCAACAUUGAAAGUCUGACGGCAAAACUUGAAGAGGCUCGUGCUAGUCAUGAGGCGAUGAUCGAAGAGCACACUCAACAGCUGGUAGCCGUCGAACAAAAGAGCUCGCAACGGUUGUCGACGAUACAAGAACUAGAAAGUCAAUAUGCCGAUUGCCAAAACAGACUGAAAGAAGUCGAAGCUUCCCGCGAUAGUCUUGCCGAACAAGUUGCAAAUCUAGAGUCUGAUCUCUCCUUGAGUGAAUCCGCCGCCCAAACCCUACGAGCUUCCCUAGAAUCUGCGCAGAUCGCCCAAGAUGAGCUGAGGACUGAGUCGGAUAAAGAGCGGAAGAGGCUUGAAAACCUGGUCUCGGAUUAUGAGUCUGAAAAGCUCGAGCAAAAAGAUUCGCUGAAGAAGUUGGAAGAAAGUAUCGUGGGGUUGAAUGAGCAGAUAGAAACUGCUGAGGGCAAUCUCGCAUCGAGUCUUCAGGAACGUCAAAAGGUUGAAAAGGAGCUCGAAGAAAGUCGGAGUGAUCUCAGCGAGCAAAGACAGAAUUUGGCCUCCACCUUGCACGAUCUUGUCACUGCAAAGAAUUCCUUGGAAGAGCUGGAGAAUCAGCUGAGUGCGGCGAAGAUGGAGAAUGAAGAGAUCCUCAAUUCGAAAGAGGCCGUCGAAUCCGAAUCGAAGAAUUAUCGUGAUAAGAUGACGGCGACUCUGAGUAAUCUACAAGCCGAAAUCUCUUCCCACAAAAAACAGAUCGAUGCGCAAGAAGAACAAAUCAGUCAAACCGAGCAGCAAAAUUCUGAAUUGCAGGAAGAGAUCAGUGCACUCGAGCAGGAGAAGAACGUGUUGAUCAAAGAGAUGGAAGCGGGCAAGGAGGGCGAGAAUCGAAUCUUGGAGAAGUCGAGGUCGGAGGUGUUGGAGUUGAAGCAGAAGAUCCAUCAAUUGAAGGAAGAAGCUGAGAGGAUGAAGCAGGACCUUAGCCAGACCAAAUCCGCCUUCGAACAGAACGAUCAUGUUAAGGAAGAAGAAAUCCACCGGCUGAAUAACGAACUCAAAGGCCUCAAACGCUCCGAGAUCGAGUUGAACAAGAGCAGGGAUCAAACUUUGGUCGAAAGAGACGAGGGGCUCCAGAAGAUUUCAGCGCUGAAUCAGAUACUUGAAAGUGAACAGCAAGAGAAGAAUAAAUUGGAAAAAGAGUUUGAAGAACGCACCCGGAAAUCCGAAGCACGUCUCGAAGAACUGACCGCGCAAGUCUCCACUCUUUCCGCUCAGCUUGCUGAAAAUAAGCAGCACCAGGAGCAGACCAGCUCGCAAGCCCUGAUGGCUCAAGCAGCUGCCGAUCAGAAGCUAGCAAGGACGAUGAAGGAACUCGACGAUCUCCGAGAGCAGUUUGAAACUCGUAAUGUCGAGCAUCAGGCCACGCUCGACAGUUCGGCGCGGAGGAGGGCGGAGCUGGAGGAAGAGCUGGAAGCGGCAAAGCUGGCCCAAGAGCAAAUACGAGUGGAGGCCGAGGAGCAGCAGGCUUUGCUUGUGGAAUCGAAGUCGGAAGAGUUCAAGAAGAAACUUGAUGAGGCGGAGACGGAGUUGCGAAUUCAAUUGGAUAACCAGUCGGAGACGGUGGGCGAGCUCCGGAAGGAAUCGGAAGAUUUGAAGGCCCAGUUAUCAGCAGCCCUGGAGGAGAAGAAGUCGGCCAUCAGCCAGACUUACGUCGACUCGAUCAUCCAACAACAUCAGAUCGAUCUCUCGACCGCUCGGAGUCAAAUCCGGGCGUUGGAGAGCCGGAUCUUUGAGGAAGAGUCGCGGUCCCAUGAGAUGUUGACCCGGGUGGAAAACCUGCAAGACGAGCUCCGAGGGGCCGAGGAAGCCCUCAAGCAGCAGCGGAAACCCGCCUCCGUCCCGGCCGAUGCCUCUUCGGUCCCGCCACCGACGGUCGCGUCUGAAGCCGAGCCGCGGCCCUCAGAGUCGCGCAAGACGAACUUCUCCAAGAUGAUCGACGACAGCAACUUGUCCGAGCAGACUAAACAGAGCCGACGCGAGAGCUUGAACCUGCUCAAGACGCGGAUGGAGAACGAGCUGGGCCUGCUGAACCUCUCGUCUCGAGCCCUGGCGUCCUCGAAUCUCUCCUCUCCCUCCGCUUCCUCCACCACCCAUCUCCACGAGCAUCCUAGCCUCAAACACCACAAGGUUAUCCCUCGCUCUAAGCUCGGCGACGAUAUGGUCUGGUGCGGCGAUUGCGUCGGCGAUCUGUUCAUGAUCUGA